GCGACGGUCGUCGGCGUUCACGUCGUACGUCGUCGACGGUUCGGUUCGCGGGGUUCGGUUCGGUUUCGCGCGGCUCGUUCUGGCUCGCUCGCUCGCUCCUUUGCUUUCAUUCGGCUUAUCGUAGUGUCUGUUGGCGAUUAGCCGAUCGACGUUGAUCCAGCAGGCAGAAAAGACGUUACGCGCGUGCUUAUUUACCUGUCUGCCUGCCUAUCUGUCUCGCGGCCUGCUCGGUGUAUCUUUUCUUCGGCUCGUCGCGCGAAUUUCGUCCCUUUUUUCUCCCCCCGAAUCGCGGAAUUAUUCGCGGUCGCGUGUCGCGAUUGAUCGCGAUAGAGCGCCGUAUACACUACGUUUUUUUUUGUUUGUCUACCCGAUAAUUGGCGACACUUGAGAUCGUUGUCGCGAUAUGAGCACGAGACGCACGGCCACUGCCAAUGAUGACAGCUGUCAGAGGGAUGUCGAGGCACCGCGGCCAAAUGAUAGGACAUCGCGUGGAUAUCGAGGGUUAAUCUAAUUAUAUUUCUAGGAAAUUCCAUCCUCAUGCUUGGCAGCAGUUUUCUUGGAACCACUUUAAACAAGAGUGACUUUGCCGAGGGUUGUCGCUUGCAGAGCCUCUACGAGCAUGGGCUCGAGCCGAAGAUCCGGCUCCGGGAGCCGGGCAAACGCCGGUGUCCUCAAGGAACGUGCCAACAUGUCAUUCAUGCUGGUCGUCAUGUUCUUCGCCGUGUUUGGUCUGAUCGUCCUUACGGAGAUAUUUCUGAUCGACGAGAGGCGCGGCGUGAGCGUCGGUGGCACCGGCGUACUCGGGGGUCACAGGAGCGGUCAUCGAUUGCCGGCUGCACCCGAUCGUCCGGAUUACGGUGAAGUGGGAGCCGAAGAUUACGCCGGUUUGAAGGGUAGUUUUGACGAGCACGUCGGAUUGUUGGUUCGCGGAGAAGACGCGGGGCAGAAGACGGUAAUACACCCGGAUCCGCGUGGCUUACCGAGCCUACCGCCUAGCUUGGAGGCCCGUUUACCGCAGUUGGAUCAGAAUCUAAAGGUCACGCAUGCUGAAUGGUUACCAGUCACCAAUACUAGGUUUAAAUUCUUCGUUUACUCGGCGUAUUUCGACGACAGAGUUAGCGGCGCAGGUACGCCGGCGGGUAAAAGUCAAGGUGUAGUACGCGUAAUCAGCGCUACUAAAACCAGAAGCCCCGAGCGCGUCUGGUGUAGGCUCUGGUAUAGACAACAAAACGGCGGAAACAUCACUGCCUCGGUAACGGUAGCUGCGAAAGUUAAGGUAAUUCGUGAGAAUUGGAAUCUCAAGUACAGUGCCUGCUUCGUGAUAUGUCCAUUGCCUAAAGAAUCUCCGACGAUGGAUAAGAUGCCGGAAGCGGUCAGUGUUGUAGCGAGAUUGCGAGCUGUCCCGACAAAUCGUAUUCUCAUCCAGAAUCGUCUCGAGAGCAGAAUGAACGACAAAGAUGCUCUGGCUGUUUGCGUCAAACCUUUACACUAUUAUUACAACAGAGUUUUGCAAUUGGUGGAGUUUAUCGAGUUGCACAGACUUUUGGGCGCUACCCACGUCACUCUGUAUAACGACACUGUAGGCGCGGCAGCCGGUUGCGCGCUAAAAUAUUAUGAGAGCAAGGAUCUUGUUACAGUAUUGCCGUGGCAUCAUCUUGACAUGAUUUCUCAACGAGAGAUUCGUACGGAGGGUCUCUUUGCGGCGCUUAAUGAUUGCCUCUACCGAUCUAUGUACAAAUAUGAAUACGUGGCACUUGUAGAUCUCGAUGAAUAUAUCAUACCGAGGCAUAACGACACCAUAAUCGAUCUGCUACGGUGGAUGGGAAAUCGGAUCAAUGUCAAGUCCACAGGUGCGUUUUCCUUUCAAAACGCUUUCUUUUAUCUGCAAUGGGCCGAUGAUCCAUUCGUGGUAACUAGCCGCACACCCACCGAAGCCGGUUUGAUCACUCUGAGGAAAACGCGACGCAGGACCAAGUUGCAUCCGCACAAGCAACGUUCCAAGUAUAUUUGCAAGCCGCAAGACGUAGUCGAGGCGGGCAAUCAUUUUGUAUGGGAGUUUAUCCCAGGUCAUGGAACUCUGAAUGUGCCGUCCGAUGCUGCUAUCCUGCACCAUUACCGUGUCUGUGAGUUUGGCGGUGACGAUUGCAUUAAGACGCAGUCGACGGUCGAUAGAACGGCCUACAAGUACAGAGAUCGGCUCGCUGCGAAUGUCGACAAGACAUGGAUGGAGCUGCGUGCCGAGUGCUCGCUCCCGGAACUCGAUCCGAUCCCAGUAUUGACGCCUCGAAUUAAACUCAGCCCGCUUGGCAAAUCGAUCAGGUAGCGAAAGACUAUCGUCGAGAUCCUAUGGGAUAUUGGCAAUUUCACCGGUACACCAAAAAUCGCAAGGACCUAUUUCUACAACUACAGCGGUCCUUAGUUCUUUAAAAAUAAAGCUGAGCUAAACGGGCUCUUAUCCUUUUUUACAAGAUUCUCGAUGGACUGUUUUUAAAUUUGUAAAACGGAGGGGAAUAUGGGAAUUUAUAGAGAUUACCGCAAAACAAAAAAAAAGCAAAAAGAAAGAAAAGGAAAGACACGCUUUAAUCGAGACACGGAUUAAUCAUAUUUUUCUACGUGAUGGAUUCUUGCAUAGCUGGCGAAAUCUGGAGACAAGUUGCCACAAGUCGAUCGAGUUGUCUUGACGCUAUACAGUGGUACUUUUCUCUUACAGUUUUAUACAAACUCUUGUAUAUGUAUCUCUCUAAUUCUUUUAUUCAAUCAGCAAAUGUGAUCAUUUGCGAAAAAUUGUAUUAUUGUUAAGGAGGAUUGUUACAGAGGGCCUAAAUCACGGGCUAAAAAAAAGCAUCUGGUGAUAAACGACGAGCAAGAUUUAGAUAAUAACCCUAUUGUACCCUAUUGUUUCAAGAGAGAGUAAAUCUUUUUUUUUUUUUUUAAUAUUUGUAAAUCCGCACAAUGUAUCUUACGCAUAUCUAUAGAAUCAAUAAUUAGCAUAGUGAUAUAUGUAUAAUAUGUAUUUAGGAGAGUGUUAGACAUUCGAUCUGCAGAGACAGCCUAGGAGAUAUGCAAUGUUCUCGAAAAAAUAUUAUUUCCGAUACAAUCCGUCGGAAAUUUGUAAGAAAUCCAAUGUUGAAAGGAUGUGAAUUUAUUUAAACAGAGAGGUAUACUAAUAGUCAUAUACAUAAUACUUUUUCUUUUCAAGAUCUUAUAACAAAUCUGAAAUUAUUUGUUUUAUUCAUGUGUGCAAUAUGUUUUCUUUUACAUCACAGUAUACAAAAAUCGUGAAUGAUCAUAUUUUGUAAUAUGAUAAAUUGUUAUGUAAUUCAAUAACAAUCAAUAUGGUGGAUUAAGUUGCAGAAUUCUGAGCAAAAAAAAAAAAA